AUGGCUUAUGAUGGAAUUAUUACUAAUGUUGUAACUGAGCUCUUGGAGGUGUUGGCUCCAGCCAUAACUCAAAACAUUAAUCUGGCUUGGGGUUUCAAAAAUGAACUGAAAAAACUUGAAAAGACCUUGGUGAAGAUUCAAGCAGUAAUGGAGGAAGCUGAGAAACAACAAAUAACGGAUAAGUCUGUGAGAGAAUGGUUGAAAGAUCUCAGAGACAUAGCUUACGACGUUGAUGAUGCUUUGGAUGAUUUCUCAUAUCAAAUCAUGCGUAAAGAUCAAAUCAAAGGCUUGGAAAAGAAGUUACGUGAUUGCUUUUCAAUAUCUUUCAAUAAUCCACUUAUAUUUCGUUUGAAGACCGCUAGCAAAAUCAAAGAUAUCAAUAGAAGGUUAGAAGAUAUUCUUAAGAAUAAAAUUAUGUUUCAGUUCCCAAAUAGUACUACUACUGCUUGCUGUCUAAGUACUGAAGAUAUCCGAGAGACCAUGAGUUUUGUUGACGAUCCAUCAAAAUUCAUUGGGAGGGAUGAUGAUAUGUUAAGAAUUGUAGAACUUUUGACAGGCACAUCAUCUCAUUCUGAAAAGCUCCCUGUUGUCAUAACUGGAUGUAAUAAAAAGUGUGAUAAUUCAUCAAGCAUACAGGUGAUGGUUCGUGAACUACAUGCCAAUCUGAGUGGCAAGAAGUUCUUGCUAGUAUUGGAUGAUCUCUGGCACGAAGAUAAAGACAGGUGGGAGACGCUUACAAGUGUGUUAACAGUCGGCGCUGAUGGAAGCAAGAUCUUAGUCACCACUCGUAAAGAUCAAAAAAAAGCAUUUGCUGCUGGUGGUGCGAAAGAGACUUCGAGAGUGGUUGAAAUUGGAAAAGAUAUAGCGAUAAAAUGUGGUGGUUUACCACUUGUUGCAAGAACUCUUGGAAGUCUUAUGCACACAAAGAGUACAGUAGGAGGCUGGGAGUCGAUCAAAGCAAAUGAGGUUUUCAAGAUGCCAGAAAGUCAAAGUAAAAUCAUACUGAUAUUGAAGCUCAGUUAUGAUAAUUUAUCAAUGCAAUUAAGGCGAUGUUUUUCCUAUUGUUGUGUGUUUCCUAAGGAUUCUGAAAUUUCAAGAAAUACUUUGAUCUAUCUAUGGAUGGCUGAAGGAUUGCUUAAAAAAUCUGGCGAAGGAAAUAAAAAUACAAUGGAGAAUACUGGAAAUGAAUGUUUCAACCAUUUGUUGCAGAGCUCGUUUUUACAAGAUGUAAAAAAGGAUAACCAUGGAGAAAUAGAGACAUUUAAGAUGCAUGAUCUAAUACAUGAUCUUGCAAGUACAAUGAUUGAGAAUCACGAAUGCUCAGUAUGGAAGACAAGUGAGUUGGAGUAUAAUUCAAAAGCUUGUCGUAUACAGGUGGCUUUUGAUGCAGGAAAUCUCUCCACUGUUCCAAAAGUCAUUGGAUAA